AAUAUAUUGAAAGAUAUUCGACAUGUAGUGUUUUAGAGCUUUGAGAUACUUUUCUGUAUGGUCUUAAGUGCCAAUGGGACCAGCUGACCCUAUUUUGGGAGUGGCUGCGCAAUUCAAGGCUGAUCCAAGCUCUACAAAAGUAAAUCUAAGUAUAGGAGCCUAUCGUGAUAAUGAUGGAAAGCCAGUAGUACUCGAUUCAGUGAAGAGAGCUGAACAAAUAAUAAAAGAGAAGAAAUUGGACAAUGAAUAUCUUCCAGUUGAAGGACUCCAAUCAUUUAUUGAUGCAUCUAUUAAAUUAGGUUAUGGAGAUGCUUACUAUGCUUAAAAUGGAAAGAGCAUUGCAGGAUGCUAAGUAUUAAGUGGAACAGGUGCAGUUAGACUUGGAUUCGAAUUUGCUAAGAAAUUCUUGCCUUAAGGAACAAAAGUGUAUAUGCCAAAUCCAACAUGGCCAAACCAUCACAACAUUGCUAGAAUGGCAGGAUUAGAAAUUUUAGAGUAUCGUUAUUUUGAUCCAAAAACACGUGGAGUUGAUUUCUCUGGAUUGGUAGAAGAUUUGAAUAAGGCUCAAAAUGGAUCAGUCAUCUUGUUCCAUGCUUGUGCUCACAAUCCAACUGGUUGUGAUUUGACUACAGCCUAAUGGACAUAAUUAUUAGAUUUGACAAAAAAGAAGAACUUCCUUCCAUUCUUUGAUAUGGCUUAUCAAGGUUUCACAAGUGGAGACGUAAAUAAAGAUGCCGAAGCAGUCAGAUUAUUUACAGCCCAAGGUGUUCCUAUAGUUUUAGGAUAAUCCUUUGCCAAAAACAUGGGAUUAUAUGGAUAAAGAACAGGAUGCCUUAGUUUUGUAUGUGCUAAUCAAUAGGAAAGAGAGAAGGUGGUCUCAUAAUUGAAAUUGUUAGCCAGACCAUUAUGGUCUAGUCCUCCUCUCCAUGGAGCUAGAGUGGCUGACAUCAUUCUCAACACUCCAGAACUCAACUAAUUGUGGUUAUAGGAAGUUAAAAUGAUGGCCAAUAGAAUUCAAUUGAUGAGAGUUAGUUUGGCCAACAAUUUGAAGAAUCUAGGUUCUCCUCAUGAUUGGUCUCACAUUUCCAAAUAAAUUGGUAUGUUUGCCUUCACUGGUGUCGGUCCAGAACACGUUAAAGAAUUGAUUGCCAAAUAUCAUAUCUACUUAUUGAGCAGUGGAAGAAUUUCAAUUGCUGGUUUGAAUGAAGGAAAUGUUAAGUAUGUAGCUGAAGCAUUCCAUGAUGUGACCAAGAAUACAAAAUUGUGAAGUAUUAUUCAAUUAUUAAUAUAACAUUAUUAUUGGUAUGAUUUA